UGAUGCGCAGGCUUUGGAAUGUUUCACAUUAGUACACAUUAGCUAUAAACUUACUUAUUACGCUACCUUUGGGACUUGGAAUAGCUGUUGCAAAUAUCACCAGUUCAGGACGCACAGCCUCGGAGUCGCCGUCAGACGCUAGCUCGCGCGAUUGUCACAUCAGAAAGACUGAGAUGCCCUUCUUCAACAACAUCUACUACCCUUAUCAGGUGGACUGUCAGGGUGGCCAGACAUCUGUAGGGAUACCCUCGCUGCUGAGCUCUCCACAGAGCCAGCAGUCCAACCACAGCCAGCACACCGGCUCAGUGGCCACCAUGUCCACACAAGCCUCCGCUGGUGUGCCACUUCCACCCUUCAGGUUCCGCGUGCGGCGUGAGAGUGUGGACUGGCGGCGCAUCAGCGCUCUGGAUGUGGACCGCGUGGCCAGUGAGCUCGACUUCCAGACGCUCCAGGAGCACAUAGCGGGCGUCACGUUCUGCAGCAUCGAAGCCGAGCGGUGCCAGCGGUGUCAGGCCCCGGUGGACGGCGCUCUGCUCAAACUCUUUCGGCUUUCUCAGCUGACCGUGGAGUACCUGCUCCACUCGCAGGACUACCUGAGCCUCAGCCUGCAGGCUGCGGAGGACAGGGUCCAGGUGGAGCAGCGAGAGAAGGAGCAGAUGCACCUCACGCUUCAGAAGCACGCCGACGAGCUGAAGGCACUUAAAGAGGAACUCAAGCAGAGGAAGAAGAUCAUCACUUCACAGCAGGCCAUGAUCAGCACAGGCCUCGCAAGCUACCACAAGUGCCACCACUGUGACAAAGCGUUCAUGAAUGCCACAUUCCUACACAGCCACAUGCAGCGGAGACACCCUGAGGAUUAUGACAUCAAGCUUCUGACAGACGCCCAGAAGAAGGUGCAGUCCGUGCGUUUCCAGGAGGAGAUUGACCGGCUGAAGGAUCAGCUCUCUCUGACUCGCUCUCAGCUAGAGAUGCAGCAGCAGACCUAUUUGGCCAAGGCUACUCAGGAGAAAGACCUGAGUGAGAAGCAGGAGGAGCUCAUGCGGGACCUGGAGGCAUGGAAGGCUGAAGAGAGGACGACCAUGGAUAGACGGAUAGAGGAAAUCAGGCAACACUGUCAGCGAGAUGUUGAUAGGCUUUAUCAGAAAAACACCAUGCUGGAGCAGCAAUUAGCAAAGGUCCAGGAGACCAAACGAGAGCUGGUGACCAGGACUGAAGAGGAGAAGCAGGGGUCCACCCACAGAGAGACAAAGAGGAGGACCACACAUCCAGACACUCUUCAUGAGGACACACACACGCUGGGCAAGCAUGCCAAACAGCAGCAGGAAAUCAUCAGUCUGGAGCAGAAGCUGCAGACACAGGAGGAGAAGUGGACCUACAGAUUGCUGAAAAUCCAAAAGGAACAUGAGACAGCGAAGAAUCAGCUUACUGAGGACAUGCAACGCCUGCAGAAGAGUUUGACUGAACAGAGUCGUAGGCCAACAAAGCAACUGGACAAUCAGCCGCUGAAGCAGGGAAAGGACCUUCGCCAUCAGGCCCUGCAGGUGAAGAAGGUUUCUGCAAGCCCUCCUACGGUUGUUGUGAAACAUGAAGUCACUGCCCCAGAACCCAAAGUCCAGCCAGUCAUGCCAGAGCACCCUCUCGUGCUCCCAAAGCUGGAUCCUAUAGUGGAGCUCUCAGACGAGGACAGAGAUUCUUCAAGUAUAUCAGAGAAGGAAACCAUUUCACAUGAAGUUCAGGAGAGGGUGAAAGAGUUCCUGAAAAACCCAGCAGCUAAGCGAGAGAUGAGGGAGAUUGUGGAACAGACCCUUGGGGAUGAGCUUCACUCUCUGGGCAUUAGAUCAGAAACGCGAGGCCUUUCUCAAGGAGAGUAUGACCGCAUUAUGAUGGAAGUCGGUCAGAAGAGGAGUGGUGGGGUCAAGGGCAGUCCUCGGGGCCAGCGUAUCCGAGCGGAGAUCUCACACAGACUGGACCAGAGGGUGCAGGACAGACUAGCGGGCUGCAGCUCCGUCCCAGAGAAGCAACACAGAACUAAAGACACUCCAGUGGCUCGGCCAAGGACCGUGUCCAGCAGUGUGCAGUCUAAAGGAGGAAGUCGGACGAUUUCAGAUGCUCCAGCCAAACAGUUGCAGACUCCAAAAGCAUCUAACAUUACCAGGACAAAAGCCCAACCCACCACUUCCACACCUAAGGCACAUCCAGUCAGUUCAGAUGACGAGUCUGAAGAAGGGUUGGUGCCGCAAAGCUCAAAGAAAAGCUCCUCUGUCAGAAACCAGCCCAUGCCAGUCCCCAGGGGAAACGCCCCACAGGUGGUGGUCUGCAGAGAGCGCUCCAGCACUUCGGUGGGCAAUGAUGGAGGUUGGACUGAGGGCAGCGAGCUGGAGGAGAUCGAUACGCAGAAUUCCAGUCUGAUGAACCGCAGUGCGCCUGGAAAGAAGGCUCUCGGCCAUCACGUGAAAGACUUAACAAGGAACCUUGAGAACCUGCUGGCUGACCAAGGGCCGGCACCGCUGGCAGGGAGCAUUAACACGAUCAACACAGCGAAUUAUUUUGGGACCCACAGUAACAUGAAAUCUAUUCCCAAGAGCAAGGACGUUGUGGAAGAACUCAAGAACGGGAAGGGUGCUGAUGAGGAUGAUGACGACGACUGGGAUAUCUCAUCUCUGGACGAUGUUUCUAAGCCUAAUUCAAGCCUCACCAUGGUCCAGAAGACUUUGGACUCUUCCAGUACGAGUGUGUGGGGUCCCUCCACUGGCCUCAGCCCAAAACCUGGCCUGACAGAGGUUGGCACAGGAAGCACUCUGAAGAGUAGUCUGGUGUCCGUCAGUGACUGGAGCAGUUCGGAAGAUGAAUAGGUUAUAUUUCUUACAGAUUAUGAAUUAAACUCCACAGACACGCACAAAAAAUAAAUACUUCAUAUAUGCAUUUGCCAUUUAUAGAUUUUUGUCACCUCUGAUGUCUAGAUGAUAUUUUUCUGUAGAUUUUGUGAAUAUGGUAUAUCAUGUAUAAAUAUGAUUUUAUUUUUUUACAAGUGAAGCUUUCUUUCUUAAAGCACUUUAUACUAACAGACACAACAUUUCUUUUUAAAUACAACAAAAUGAUUUAGCAAUUAAAUCCAUGCAGGUAGUGUUCAGAGCAGAGGUGAAAAGGUCUCUUGUGGACAGGGCCUCCUCAGGUAAUAAACGUGCUGCUGUCCGAGUCUUUACAGACUCAAGUUGUUGUGGGCCAUGCACUCAGACAAACGAGUCCCUCCCGCGCGGUUGCUUAGUCCGAGAGCUGCGGGUCUCCUGGCUCGCCAGGCUGACCUGACCAGAGAACAGCGGUGGCACCGGAGUGGGCCGUCUGGAAGAUCCGGAGAAAGUUAGCGCUGGUCUGGACGAUCCUGGGAGCAUGUAUGUCCGCGUGCGUGCUGUGACGUAGGACCUGGAUCGUACUGUAGCGUAGGACCUGGGUUGACGUUUAUUUCCACUAAUGAACAGAUUUUUGAGGAAAGACAUGAAUGAGUUCUAUUGUAUUAUUAACAUGACAGUAUACAGAAAUUAAUAUUGGUGAUUAUUUAUAUCCAUUGUGUGUGUGUAUGUGUGUGUGUAUGUAUGUAUAAAUAAUAAAGUUGAAAUAAAAUUGAA